AUGGAAAUGGAUGAUUUCUUUGGUGCACAACUUCUUGCGUUGAGAUCAAAAGCUCUUAAGGCCGAUCUCGCGAAUCUUUCUCAGAUGAUAGCUGUCUGCCAAAUCCACGUCGCUGCUGAAAAUACUCUAGGAAACAAAAGGAACUGGCACAACAUUCUUGACGUAGAGCCUGAAGCCGAUGAAGCUGCUAUCAAUGUCCAAUACAAGAAACUCUCGCUAUUGCUUCAUCCCGAUAAAAACAAAUUUUAUGGCGCAAACGCAGCUUUCAUCUUGAUAUGCGAAGCUCGUAGAGUUUUACUUGAUGCUGUAAACGCAAAGUCUGGUGACAUUAAACAAGACAAAGCUCCUGAGGAUGAGGAUGAUGUUGUUGCUCAAGCUAAACAGAAAUUCUGGACCAUCUGCCCUAUAUGUUACUUGAAGUACCAAUAUUACAAAAAUAUUCUCAACAGGCUUAUUCGUUGCAAUAAUUGUAAGAAUAUUUUCACAGCGAUUGAGUUGAAGGGGUUUACUAUGCCAUAUUCUAAGGAAAACCUAAUUAUACCCGACAUGACUCAAGGUGGCAAGACUGAACAGCCAUCGGGUGAAGAUAAAGCAGCUGGGAAAAGGAAUGUUGAAUUCGCGGACACUACUGAAGAUAAAGUUGCUGGGAAGAGGAAGGUUGAAUUCGCCGAUACUACUGAAGAUAAAGUUGCUGGAAAGAGGAAGGUUGAAUUCGCCGAUAAUACUGACGAUGAGGAAGAACUUCCCAAGAUCAAAAUGAGGAGGGGAAACAGAACUUCAUAUCUCUAA